AUGAGCCGCCGACGUCGAUUACUCUACAUUAUUCUUCUCAUCACAAUCGCCGUCGCGGCAAUCUACAACUCGUACGAGUCCAUCGGCCGCUUCCUUCGCCUGUUUGUGCCCCAUACCGGCUAUCCUCUGAACCAAGACCAAGCGCUGGCGCGGUUCAAGGUGCAGAAGCAGCAGCCCAAAAAUGUGCCACGAAUAAUUCACCAAGUUUUGCACAAUUGGAGGCCGCUGGGGAACGACUCGGCUUUGCUUCCAGAAUGGGAGGCGCAACGCCAGUCGUGCAGGGACAAGAAUCCUGAGUGGGAGUACAAGUUGUGGACAGAGGACAUGUCUCGAGACCUUCUUCAGGAUGAAUAUCCCUGGUUCAUGGAAACGUACGAAAACUUCAGAUAUCCCAUUCAAAGGGAGCAGACCAUUCGAUAUUUCAUACUACGACAUUACGGCGGCAUAUACAUUGACCUCGAUUUUGGCUGCGUCAAUAGUCUCGAAAGCCUACGGCCGUACUCAGUCUUCAUUUCCGAUCACCGCCGUGGGACUUUAAGCGACAAGGUCCUCGGCGGCGCGCCCAACCACCCAUUCUGGGUCCAAGUCACCGAAACCAUACCCCGAUACUCGCACUGGUACCUGUUACCGUUUCUUACCGUGCUCUAUGGCACCGGCCGCUGGUUUCUCACGGCCGUCUGGGACAGCUGGCACUGGGAAAAUUGCCAGCAGACACUAUUCCACUACGGCAAGCCGGCCGACUGGCUCACCCGGCUGUCGAUGCCGCGGUGGCGCGGCGCCCCUAAAUGGUCCAUCUUCAGCAGCUACCACGGCGGCACCCCCGACACCUGGCCCAUUGACAUAUUCGUGCUCGGCCGGAAGCAUUGGAUCGUGUCCAUCAUUAGCGGCGUCGUGGGCUGCGCCAUUGGCAUCUACCUUGGCGUGAAGCUGUUCCGAAAGAGGUGUGCCCGGCGACGGCGGGCUUACAGGCCGGUGUCUGAUUCAGAGAGUCGCGUGUAG